AUGGUUAAAAGAUCUGAUGCAACUGAUUCAAAAAAAAAUAACUCCAAACAUGAAAAUGCAAUCAAAUAUGGCGAACUUAUAAUUCUUGGAUAUAAUGGCCAUCUAACUGCGGGUGACAAAAGAAGGCGGCGCAGUAAAUUUGUUUUAUGGAAGAGAGAUGUGGCCAAUGGAAUUCGAAGAUCUAAUCAUUAUGUUGUGCCCAGUCCUCAAAAUUCACAUGCGGUGCUGGAUAAGAACCAGCACUCCAUAUCGUACACACUAUCUCGGACCGAGGCAGUGAUUGUAGAGUAUGUAAAUGACGAGGCAACUGACAUGUUUCAGGUUGGCCGUUCAUCAGAUUCCCCAAUAGAUUUUGUAGUGAUGGACACAAAUGCGGAAAAAAAUGCUGCAGCUGUUAACAAUGUACCUAUUGUUGAUAGUAAAAAGACAGCUGCUGCAAGUACAAUAUCUAGAUUUGCUUGCCGCAUAAUUUGUGACCGUGACAAUACCAAUAUAGCUCGUUUGUAUGCUGCAGGAUUCGAUUCCUCUAGAAAUAUAUUUUUAGGGGAAAAAGCAACUAAAUGGAAAGAUGGCGAAGAAAUUGAUGCACUUACUACAAACGGAGUGUUGGUUAUGCAUCCAAGUGGAAAGUUCCACAAAGGAAAUACGGAACCAGGUAUCUGGUUAGAGGUUUCAGUCUGUGGUAAAUUAUUUUCUUUGCGUGGUUCUCGAUCUGCUCAACUUAAAGGUGAUAUGGUUGAUAAUUCAGACAAUAUUCUUACUGAUGGAACAUUGAUCGAUUUAUGUGGUGCAACCUUGCUUUGGAGGUCAGCGGAGGGACUCAGCUUAUCUCCUAGUAGAGAAUACUUGAAAAAGCUGAUUGAAAGGACAAAUCGUGAACGACCUACAUGUCCUGUUGGUCUCUACACAUUAGUGUUUCCUCAUCAUUCGGAAGACCAUGCUGCUGCGGUAGCAUCUUCAGAACUUGCAGAUGUAAAGCAACAGCCUUAUGCUUACUUGCAAUGUGGUCAUGUCCAAGGUCUUCAUGCAUGGGGAUUAAAUAAAGACUCAAAUAGUAGAACAUGCCCAAUGUGUUUAAAAGUGGGCGGUAUAGCCAAGUUGAGUAUGGGCAUAGAGGCUUCAUUUUAUGUACAGGAUAAGGAAAAGCCAGAUUUAUAUGCCUUUAACCCAUGUGGUCACGUGGCUACAGAAAAAACGGUCAAAUUUUGGUCUAAUGUAGGAAUACCCUAUGGAACCAAUGGGUUUGAGGCAUUUUGCCCUUUUUGCGCUAAACUACUUGAAGGCUAUCCGGGAUAUGUUAAAUUAAUUUUUAACUAA